CUGACGGCAUAAGACAUGCGGCAAAUGGCAGACGAGGGGUUGGAGGUGGACCGAAGUCACAUAAAUCUGGUUGCAAACUGGUUUCCAGAGCUAAAACCACAUUUAGUGAAAGAUUCUAAGUCAGAAGAUGGGCUAGAAAGUGACGGAUCUCAGCCUGAAAAUAAGAAAGAAGGUGUUAUAAAAAAACAAAAAGGAAAGCAUCCCAAAGCUGAGAAACAAAACAUCACAGACCAAGUGGCAUUGGAAAUCAACAAACAUGUGAAACAUGGAAAGCAGAAACAAUAUAGACAGAAGAAAGAAGUCACCAAAGUUCAAGAUCAAAAUGGUGAUGUUGAUGAUGCGGAUAGCAAAGUUGCUAUGGUAACAGCUGCUAAGGAAAGAUCCAAGAAGGCAGGACCAGCCACUACAAGCAGCUUACUAGUAGAGGAUUUGCAAAACAAAUUAAAAGAUAAAAUAUCAAAGUCAGCUAAGAAAAGAUUGAGGAAAAGAAUAAACAAGUUGAGAAAUUCUCUUGUUGAAGAUAAAGAUAAAGGUCGAAGUACUAAUGAUGGAGAAACAACAUCUGAGAAACAUAAAAUCUCUGACAAGUCAUUAAAGAAAAAUUCCACUGAAAAAGAUAAGACUAGCACAGAUACUCUCCAAGAUGAAAGAACUAAUAAUGAGAACAUAGCACAGGCAGCAACAGAAAAACCUAGUCGGGGUCACAAAAACAAGACUACAAAUCAGUUCAACAUCAAACGUAACUGUCAAGAUCAAGGUCAGUUGAAAAGAAAACUCCAUGACACUUUUGAAAAGGUUGAGAGCAUGAAUCACAAGAAACAAAAAGAGUCACACUUGGGUGAUCUGCCACCUGGUGAGGAUGAUGGUGCUAAGGACACAGAUAAUGCUGCAACCAAACCCUUCAAAAGAAAGAGGAAAAAGAAGAGAAGUAAACAAAAGAACAUAAAGAAGGACAACAGACCUGAUCAUAUGAAGCCACCUCACUUACGGGCAAAGCCAGAAGAACCGUCUGACAGUUAGUGGAGAAUCUAUAAUUUCUCAAAGACAAGAUAAUCCUUACCUAACAUUGCACACUGGAAGAACUAAGAGAGAAAGAAGGGAACAUGGAGAGCAUUUGAAAAGACCUACAGAACAGUCUGCUCCUGUGCAUAGAAUGGGUAUUAUAGUGCCAGGCUUUCAAGAUUUAUGUUUUAUUAAUUUUAUAAAAUUCUAAUUGCAAACAUUCAGGCAACUAAUCCUUAUUAAAAAUACAGAAAGUCUUUAAUUUAUUAGCAGUAUAAUGAAUGACUUUAUAGUGAGUUGAAGAUAUUUAAAUAGACAUUAAUUGAGGAAAAACCUCACCAUUCAAGUUAAGGCCAUGGUUACUGAUGUCAGUGUUUGGAAUAGCAAUAAUUCAUAACUGAGCUAGAAAAUAUACUUGGAGGUAAUAUUUUGAUUCAAAAGAAAAGAAUUAAUGGCAAUAUUGGGCAUAAUAGUACGACAGCCAUUCUCGGUUAAUUGUUUUAUUUCUAUUGAUCAAUCAGAUGGAGACAGUUUGGCUGCACAGAUUGAACGUUUAUUUCACAAUUGUGUGGUUUUUGGGAAGUAAAGAUGUGUACAAGUAUUUUAAUUGAAUAUUCCAAAACUGAAAUGAUUACAGUAAUCUAUUUGAACCUGAGAAUCACCAAAUCAUUCAAUCAGAUGGCUGUAAACACACCAUAUGACCUUUGGCACAAUAUGCAAACAUAUGCAAACAAUAUCAUGAAUUCUUCAGUGUUGAUCACGCUUUCUAAGGCUACAACUUUUUUUUUUUAUCUCUUCUGAAGAACAAAUAGAAUGGUGGGAGCUGUGUGCUUGCCCUGUACACACAUGUGAAGUUGUCUGUUUCUCUUCUCCAGUUUUUACCAUCAAGGUUAGCUACAUGUAUCUCUUUCCUUAACCAUUUGUUGUUCAAA